GAGAUGUGCUCGUCAAUUUCACGCCAUCAUGAUUGCAGCUCAUGUUCCAAAAAUGCUUCAAAAACUUGCAGGAUAUUGCAUUUACUAUUGAGCUUGAAAGCUCUUGAUUUAUUGGCCUAUAGUGAAUUGUCUAGUUACUAAAUAGGUAAUGGCCUCUGGUCGUGCAAAUUUUAGUCUUUCGGGACCUUCACAACUCAAAGCCAUUGACUGGUUAAAUGAACAUCAUCGAAGAUCGAUCGCUGCGAGUUUGGUUCAAGGAGUUUAUGUGCUAGAACGUGAUCGGCAGAAGAACAGGGAAGGACACCAAGUUUGUUGUGCUCCUCCAUGGUGGGAAUCUUUUCAUUUUCGACUAAACCAUCGUCUUAUUGAUGAUGUUGAUGGAUCCAUAUUUGGUGCCAUUUAUGAAUUCGACAUCAACACCUCCUCUGCUCACCAUUCUCAACUCCAAAACGCCCCCAACUAUGUUAUUGCCUUUCGUGGUACUUUGAAUACUCCACCCUCCAUUUCUCGUGAUCUCAAACUGGAUCUUCUUUGUGCAUGCAACAGACUCCAUGGCAGCUCCCGGUUUAAGCUGGCCAUGAAGUUUGUGAACGAUACAGUUGAACGAGUUGGACCCAACAUUUGGUUAACAGGGCAUUCACUUGGAUCAGCCAUGGCAUUGAUUGCAGGGAAGGAGCUGACUAUGAAGGGUUAUCUCAUUGAAACUUACCUCUUCAAUCCCCCAUUCUUAUCAACCCCAGUGGAAAUAGUUAAGUAUCCAGUAUUAAAAACUGGGAUUCGUUUCACCAGCAGUGUGGUUAAAGCAGCACUCACAGUGGCCAUUAAGGGUCGAAAUCCAAAGCCUGGGAAACAAGAUCCUUUUGCUGCAUUAUGUUCAUGGACUCCUCACCUGUUUGUGAAUCCGAAUGAUGUUCUUUGCUCAGAGUACAAAGGGUAUUUUGAACAUAGGAAGAAGAUGGAAGAGAUUGGAGCUGGGAAAAUUGAAAGGAUCUCAACAAAGAAUUCAAUUGUUUGUCUAUUGUCAAGCCUUGUAUCCAACAUGAGCUGUGAACCCUUGCAUUUGCUUCCUUCGGCUUACCUCACUAUUAAUCUACGUCCAUGUUCAGAUUUUAGGACAGCUCAUGGGAUUCAACAGUGGUGGGACCCUAAUUUUAAUGCUAAGGUUGAGCUACACCAGUUCAAGUGACAGAAACUUAAUUUGGUGGAUGAUCAAUCAAUCAAAUAAUCUUUUUUUUUUCUUUAUUUGAUUUCCAAAGGAAAAACUUAGAUGUUAAACAACGUAUGUGUACCCAAACCCAAGAACAAAGUUUGAACAUUACUUGUUUGCGCCAUUUGAUUCAGUUUUCUCAUGAAUCCAUUUGACUAACUGUUUUCUUA